UCGAAGGAUAUCUCUCGAUAUAGUUAAUAACGCUUGCUUAGCCGCGCUCUCCAAUUCAGGUUACACACCGGAUGACUCCAACCUGAGAAUCGAACAAACGACUUAUGGAAAAUUGGGUACGUAAAAUUGCGGUCAUCACUCGUAUAUUUUUAGUCUAGGGAUGGGCUAUCUAUGUAAUAAACGACUCGCGAUCUCUCGAACGCGAAUUCAAGGUGAACUCGGGGCUGCCAAGUUUCGCCCGCCGAGAGACGGAAUAUUGAAAAUGAGUUACAUCGAGCAAGCUGAAAAGCGAAAAAAGUGUUAUCGUCUCAGUUGCUUUAUUCAUCUCGUUGACUACAUGCAAACGGGCAUGAUGCGAGGUCUGCUGCGGAAUAGCUAUAUCGAGCUUGUGAACAAUCUCGCGCGUCACACUAGUUUCCUUCCCGAUGAGUCUUAUUCGUUCACGACCGAUCGACAAGAUGAGCUCCAACAAUUUUUUGAGUCUCCUCAACGCCGCUCAUCCAGCACUUGUCCCAUUCAGAAUCCAUACUUGAGGAUGGAUCUCUUGUUAUCCCGGGAGGAAGGUACGAUAAUGGAUCCGUCGGAAAAAGUAUUCCGUUUCGUAAUCGAAACGCUCGAAUCGAUGUGGGAAGAAAAUUUGGAUGCCAUCAAGCCACUGCUAUCGGAUCCGUAUUUUAAUUCCUUUACCAAGCCCACGAUCAAUCGAAAAAUGGAGUUUUCCUCGGUCGGAGAGCCUCCGCUUAUUCGAAAGAUAAUAAAAAAUGAUCCGAUAAUAAUCGAUCUGAAGAACGAGGCGACGAGAAUUCUCAACAUGAAUUUCCGUGUCGUUAAACUUUACGCUCGACGCUUCAACGACAUUCAUCAAUUUUAUACGGAUGACCUUAACUUUGACGAGAGUAUUAUUCGUGAAAAUGAAAAAUGCGACAUUUUUCGUAGAUGGUGCGUUCGUUAUCGAGCCGAGAUUGAAGAAAUUAAAAAAAUCGUAAACGAACAACCACUCGGAGUAUUUCUCGUUGAAUUGGAAAGAUUGAAACGCGGUGCUCUCGUUGCCCCCGAGGACAAGCAACGAAUUUUGGAAAUAGUCAUGCCAGGUAUUGGAAGAUCGAAGGUUAAUGCUCUUCUCUCGGAAGCCGUCGAAGCCAUUACUUUUUUGAACUCUGAUCCAACUUCGACCGACGAUUAUGUAAAUUACAUAAAAUUCGUCGACAAAGCUCAACAAAAGGUAGACAAUUUGGAGGCCCAACUCGAUUAUGUCAAAGAAUUGUACGACAUUAUGGAGGAAUAUGAGAUUCCGGUGUCUCCCGAAGAUAUUGCCAAUUAUUUGGGCAUCAGCGUCGAAUUUACGAGUCUGAGGCUCGCCGUUGACAAAAGACUGGAGGAGAGACAAAAAUUAAUUAACCGAUUCAAUCUUCAGAUACAGAAGGAUAUAAAUACGCUCGUAGAAAAGAUUUCGAUCAUCAACGACGAAGCGCUGCAAGCCUGGUUAUUGAACGUAAACAGCGAUGUCGAGAUGUGUACAAAAACUCUGAAAGAUUUGACGGAAAGAUUGGCUGAAUGUUCGAACCUGGCUAGCGAGUAUCGAAAUCAUCAAAAAGCAUUCAAGGUCGAAAUAACGAGAUUCGAGAUAUUGGAGCACGUGACGAACCAGGUUAAAUUGCGAAGUCUUUUGUGGGAAAGCGUCGCCUCGUGGUCGCAAAUAGUCGACGAUUGGUACAUCGUCGAUUUGGGCACGUUGAACGUUGAGGAAAUGACAGCGUUGACGAUGAAGUAUUUGAAAAAUAUCGGACAACUGGAAAAGGGCUUACCGGCGAAUAAUAUACUGCCCAAGUUGAAGGAAGACGUUGAAACGAUAAAAGACAAAUUGCCGAUAAUCGGUUAUUUGAGAAAUCCUCAUUUGAAGGCUCGUCAUUGGUUGAAAAUCGAAAAUCUCUUGAAUUAUAAAUUCAAAACGGACGAGUCGAUAUGUUUGGAUAGUUUGGAGGGUCUCGGAGCGUUCGGUUAUCCGAACGAACUGAUGGAAAUCGCAGCCUCGGCCAGCUCGGAAUCGAGCCUCGAAGCUAUGCUAAAAAAAAUCGAGUACACCUGGAAAGUCAUGGAAUUCAACGUCUUACCGCACAAAAAUAUCAAAGACGUUUUCGUUCUUGGCUCUCUCGAAGAAAUUCAAACUGCCUUGGACGAAAGUAAUAUUAAUAUUCAAACAAUUUCGGCAUCGAGACACGUUGGGCCCUUCAAAGCCAGGGUCCAAGAUUGGGUCAAACAAUUGGAAUUAUUUUCAAAAACUCUGGAAGCGUGGCAAUAUUGUCAACAACAAUGGAUAUAUCUCGAGGCUAUUUUUUCUGCUCCCGAUAUCCAGAGACAACUUCCCGUUGAGGCCAAAUUAUUUGUUCUCGUUGAUAAAUCUUGGAAAGAUAUAAUGCGCCGGACCAAGCGAAUGCCUCUGGCGCUGGAGACAUGUACGCAGGUAGGAUUGUUGGAGCAACUCGAAGAAAAUAAUAGAAAUUUGGAUGAAAUACUAAAAUGUCUGGAGGCUUAUCUUGAGACGAAAAGAAUCGCUUUUCCAAGAUUCUUCUUCCUCUCGAACGAUGAGUUACUCGAAAUUUUGGCUCAGACAAAAAAUCCUCACGCGGUCCAGAGGCACCUACAAAAAUGUUUUGACGCUAUUUAUCGUCUGGAAUUUGCGACGGCGGCGGCGGCGGCGGCGGCGACAACAGCGUACCUCGAAGAAAGCACCUCCGAAGGUACGGAAGUAGUUUUGACAACGGACAUUGUUUCAAUGAUUUCACCGGAAGGUGAGAAAGUAAGCCUGGGUAAAGGCCUCAAGGCGAGGGGUAACGUCGAAGAUUGGUUGGGCAAAGUCGAAGAGUCCAUGUUCGUGACUUUGAAAAAAAGAAUGAAAAGUGCCAUCACCGAUCUUGAAACGAGAGGCAGACAAACGUUUAUCUGGUCGCAUCCGUCGCAGAUUGUUCUGACCGUAUCUCAAAUAUUUUGGGCACAAAGCGUUCAUCUGAUUCUUCAUUCGGGCACAAAUGUUGAAAAUUCCAUGCGCUCCUUUGAACAAAAAUGUUAUUCGGACCUCAAUCAACUCGCUGCUCUGGUAAGAUCCGAUUUGCCGAAACUCAUUCGAGAAAUAAUCAUAAACCUUAUUACCGUGGAUGUUCAUGCGAGAGAUACGAUAACUACUCUCGUGGAGAAUCGAGUUACCUCGAGCUCGAGUUUCGAUUGGACGAAAGCACUCCGUUAUUACUGGGAUCAGGAUAUGGACGAUUGUCUUGCCAGAAUGAGUAAUGCCGAAUAUCCGUACGGUUACGAAUACCUCGGGGCCCAAAGACGUCUCGUAAUAACGCCCUUGACCGACAAGUGUUAUUUGUGCCUGAUGGGAGCUUUGCAACUCGAUUUAGGCGGGGCACCGGCCGGUCCGGCUGGAACCGGAAAAACAGAGACGACGAAAGAUUUGGCGAAAGCGCUAGCGAUUCAAUGCGUCGUUUUCAAUUGCUCCGAAGGUCUCGAUUUUAAGAUGAUGGGAAGAUUCUUUUCCGGAUUGGCAACUUCCGGAGCUUGGUGCUGUUUCGACGAAUUCAAUCGUAUCGAUAUCGAAGUGCUCUCGGUCAUAGCCCAACAAUUGAUUACCAUCAGAAACGCCAAAGUGGCAAGAGCAACCGAAUUUAUGUUCGAAGGUCGAAAAAUAAAGCUGGUCAUGUCGUGCGCGGCUUUCAUCACUAUGAAUCCUGGAUACGCCGGUCGUACAGAAUUACCUGACAAUUUGAAAUCUCUCUUUCGGCCAAUUUCCAUGAUGGUCCCGGAUUACAAAUUGAUAGCUGAGGUGACUCUUUAUUCGGAAGGUUUUGAAUCUUCAAAAAUACUUUCGGUCAAAAUGACUCUUUUGUAUACGCUCUGUAGCGAACAAUUGUCACAACAGGAUCACUAUGAUUUUGGAAUGAGAGCUGUGAAAAGCGUGCUGGUUAUGGCCGGAAGUUUGAAGCGCGAAAAUCCUGACAAGAGCGAACAAGUAGUUUUGAUGCGAGCGCUGAGAGACAGUAAUUUGCCAAAAUUUCUGGCCGACGACGCCGAGCUCUUCCGUGGAAUUCUCGGUGAUCUUUUCCCUGGUGUCGAAAUACCAAAGGAGGAUUAUGGAAUAUUGUCCGAAACGAUAAUAACUAUAAUGAAUGAUGCGGGGUUGCAACCGGAAAAUUGUUCGAUCGAAAAAACUAUUCAAUUGCACGAAACUAUGCAAGUAAGACACGGGGUUAUGCUCGUUGGGCCGACCGGUUCAGGAAAAACUACGGUUCUCCGAACCCUUCGAGAUACUUACACGCGUCUGAAGGAUAUUGGAGUACCGGGACAAUAUUAUCAGAGGGUUCACAUGUACGUACUCAAUCCAAAGGCCGUAACGAUCGGUGAACUUUAUGGUGAGAUAAAUACGUUGACGAACGAAUGGCACGAUGGAUUGAUCGGCUCGAUCGUUCGUAACGCAUGUGCCUUUGUUACGGAAGAACACCAAUGGGUCGUCUGUGAUGGACCGGUAGAUGCAGUUUGGAUCGAGAAUAUGAAUACCGUCCUCGACGACAAUAAAAUGCUCUGUCUCGCCAAUUCCGAGAGGAUCAAGUUUACCCCCUAUGUCCACAUGGUUUUCGAAGUGAUGGAUCUCGCCCAGGCUUCUCCGGCUACGGUCAGUAGAUGCGGCAUGGUUUACGUCGAUCCGGCCGAGCUCGGCUGGCUCCCGUACGUCAAGACUUGGGUACGCGGCUUGCAAAUUCUCAAUCAAGAUCUCCAGGAUUUCAUUCUCGAAUUUUUCGAAACUUAUAUCGGGGCCGGACUUGGAUUUUUCAAAAAAAAUUGCGAACACGCGAUUGCUCAAGUCGAUAUCAGUAAAGUGAGCGUCUCGUGUGCCCUUUUGGAAAGUAUUCUUCUCGAGCCGGGAUCCAUUGACAAAAAUGCCGAUCGAUCUCGCGUCAAGACCUUUCUCAUCCAGUCCUUAAUAUUUUCUUACAUCUGGGGCAUCGGUGGUAAUGUCGUUGAUACUUAUCGAGAAGCUUUCCAACUCUUCGUAAAAGAACAAUUUGAUGAUAAUCCAGCCGCGCGUCUUCCAUCGUCCGGUGAUCUUUGGAGUUUGUACAUUAACGUACCGAAUCGAAGAAUGGACCUUUGGGUUAAAUUAAUGCCGGCCUUCGUCUAUGACAAGGAACAGCCAUUUUUCGAGAUUCUCGUACCAACGAUCGACACCGUACGUUUCGGUUACAUCGUUCAAAAACUCAUCGAAGCGAACAAACCCGUUUUCGUAACCGGUGAAACGGGAGUUGGAAAAUCCGUAAUUACAAAAGUCGUCCUGAGGAAUCUUCAAGAGAGCGCACUUUGGCUGGCGAUAACUCUCAAUUUUUCGGCCCAAACGAGUAGCGGCCGGACUCAAGAAAUUCUAGAGCUCAAGCUGGAGAAGAAGAAACGGGGGGUCCUUGGUGCACCGUAUGGUAAACGCGUUUGCGUCUUUGUCGACGAUGUCAAUAUGCCGAAACUCGAUACUUAUGGAUCUCAACCACCGAUCGAGUUAUUGAGACAGCUUCUCGACUUUGAUGGAUUUUACGAUCGAGAUAAAUUAUUUUGGAAAAACGUUCAAGACGUUGUUUUGUCGGUUGCCUGUGCUCCACCCGGUGGAGGCCGAAAUCCUCUUACUCCGAGAUUCGUAAGACAUUUUGGAAUGCUGGUCUUACCAUCGCCCGAUGAAACUUCCCUCAAAGCGAUAUUCAGAUCGAUCAUACGCGGUUUUUUACAAGAUUUUGCACAGCCGGUUAUGGAAGUCGGGGACAAAAUAGUCGGAGCUACCGUAGAGGUUUACAAUAAAAUAGCGCUCGAUCUUUUACCGACACCCGAGAAAAGCCACUAUGUCUUCAACCUUCGUGAUUUGUCGAAAUGCAUUCAAGGAAUUCUUCAAGCCGAUUCAUCUUCGAUUCGCGAAGCCAAACAAAUGUUGAGAUUAUUUUAUCACGAAUGCUUGAGAGUAUUUCACGAUCGUUUGAUCAACGUCGAAGACAAGAGUUACUUCUAUCGUCUUCUUACCGAAAUAUGUUCGCGCUCUUUCGGUGACGAAAUCGUACCUCUUCCCUCUGGGAGUAUCAUUGAACGACCGCCUCUUUUGUUUUUCGGAGAUUUCAUGUCGCUCACCGCAUCCAGAGAAGAUCGAAUUUAUGAGGAAAUAUUCGAUCUGGCUAAAAUUAAAAGCGUUCUUCAGGACUAUCUCGAUGAUUAUUCUAUAGCAACGAACAAAGAAAUGAAGCUAAUUUUUUUCUUGGAUGCCAUCGAACAUCUCUGCAGACUGGCGCGAAUUUUGCGCUUCGAACGGGGAAACGGACUUUUAGUAGGUGUCGGAGGAAUGGGAAAACAGAGCUUGACCAAACUCGCGUCUCAUCUCAACGGCUAUCCAUGUUUUCAAAUCGAAGUAAGCCGCGGCUACGAUCAGCACUCGUGGCACGAAGAUCUUCGUCGUUUUUACUUGAAACCCGGAGCUUAUGCCGAAAAUUCGACUUUUUUGUUCACCGAUACGCAAAUCGUUAUGGAAGAAUUUCUCGAAGAUAUCAAUAAUACCCUCAAUUCUGGCGAGGUGCCAAAUUUAUUCGAAGCGGAUGAACUCGAAAAGGCUAUAAUCGCAACGAGACCGGCGGCGAAGGGAGCGGGAAUCGCGGAGGAAAAUCGCGAUGGGAUUUACGAUUUUUUUAUAGGAAGAGUGAGAAAUCAUCUUCACCUUGUACUGUGCAUGAGUCCGGUCGGCGAUGCUUUUAGGCGACGUUGCCGAAUGUUUCCCUCCCUCGUAAAUUGUUGCACCAUCGAUUGGUUCACAAAAUGGCCUCGCGAAGCUCUACUCUCCGUUGCCGAGAGCUCCAUCUCUUCGCUCGUUCCGAAUGAUCCUGAUAAAUUGUCCGCUCUUGCCGCAGUUUGCGUUUUGAUGCACGAAAGCGUGGAAGACACGACCAUUCGUUUUUUCAAUGAAAUGCGAAGAAGAUAUUACACGACUCCUAGCAGUUAUUUGGAAUUAAUAAAGCUCUAUUUGUCAACUUUGGAGAGAAAGAAGAUGGAAAUAUCGACGUUGCGAGCCAAAAUCGCGAAUGGAUUGAAGAAAUUGUACGAAACGAACGAAACGGUGGCCGUUAUGAAGGAGCAGCUCAUUACUCUUGGGCCAAAAUUAAAAACGAGUUCGGAGGAAGUGAGCAAUUUGAUGAAAGUCGUAGCGAAGCAACAACUGGAAUGCGACAAGGUUCGAACGGUGGUGGCUUCGGACGAGGCUGUGGCAAAGGUCAAGGCCGAAGAAACCGCUGCUUUAGAAUUGGACGCGAGGAAAGACUUGGAAGCUGCGCUUCCGGCCCUUCAAGAGGCUCAAAAGGCUCUCGAAGCUUUGAACAAAAAUGAUAUUAUUGAAAUCAAGGUGUUCAACAAACCGCCUAAUCUCGUGCGAUUUGUAAUGGAAGCGGUUUGUCUUCUUCUCGACGAAAAAACCGAUUGGCCAUCCGCGAAACGAGUACUCGCCGAUCCGGCACACUUUCUCGAACGUUUGAUGACGUAUCCGAAGGACGAUAUAAGCGACAAACUGCUGAAAAAAUUACAGGAUUAUGUGACGCAUGCGGAAUUCGUUCCGCAAAUAGUAGCGAAACAGAGCAAAGUGUGCAAAUCAAUUUGCAUUUGGGUACGGGCGAUAGACGGAUAUGCGAAAAUUUAUAGAAUCGUCGAGCCGAAACGCGCGGUAUUAUUGAAAGCGCAAAACGAGCUCUGGGCAAUCGAGGGUGUCCUCAAUGAGAAACAGCAACAACUCGCUGAGGUGGAGAAAAAAAUAAAACGUUUGCAGGAUCAGUACGACGGUGCUGUUAAAAAUUUGGCACGUCUCGAGAACGAUAUAAGCCUGAGCGAGGCGAGAUUGAACAGAUCGGGACGAUUGACGGCGGCUCUUUCGGACGAGCAAAUUCGAUGGAAAGAAUUGAUCAAGGGGUUUGAGGAGCGAAUUAUAAAUUUGACCGGUGAUAUUCUCGUUGCCGCCGGGUGUUUGGCCUAUCUCGGAGCUUUUACCAAUAAUUAUCGUGAGGAACUGCUCGAGCGUUGGUUGUCGGGCUGUCAUAUUCACCGUAUCGUAACGAGCCCUAAUUUUAAUCUAAUCACCGUUCUCACCGAUACGUACGAGAUUCGUUUGUGGAACAUGCACGGAUUGCCACGGGAUCGUGUCAGUACGGAAAAUGCGAUACUCGUUACUCGGGCCAGUAGGUGGCCUCUCAUGAUCGAUCCCCAGGAACAGGCUAAUCGGUGGAUACGCAACAUGGAGGAGGAAAAUAAUCUUCAAAUUUGUAAAAUCACCGACGCCAAUUUCAUGCGAAUUACGGAGGCUUGCAUAAGGAUCGGGGCCCCGUUGUUGCUUCAAGAAGUUGGCGAGACUCUCGAUCCGAGUCUCGAGCCCAUUUUGCUCAAGCAAACCUUUAUUCAGGGUGGAAGAGCACUCAUACGUCUCGGCGACAGCGACAUAGAGUACGACGAAAAUUUUAAACUCUACGUCACGACAAAAAUGGCGAAUCCUCACUAUUUGCCGGAAGUUUGUAUAAAAGUAACUAUCGUCAAUUUCACAGUUACGCCUUCGGGACUCGAAGAUCAAUUAUUGGCAGACGUCGUACGCCUGGAACGUCCGGAUUUGGAAAAAAUGCGAAACGAACUGAUCGGAAAAAUAAACGCGGACAAGGCUCAAUUACAAAGCAUCGAGGAGAAAAUUCUGUCGUUGCUAUUCGGCUCGGGCGAUGAUAUUCUCGACAACGAGGAUCUCAUUGAGACGCUCAACGACAGCAAAGAAACUUCAGCAAUAAUAGCGACUCGGCUCGUCGAGACCGAAGCGACCGAAGAAAAAAUUUCAAUCGCACGGGAAAAAUAUCGGAGUGUCGCUACUCGUGGUUCCGUUUUGUAUUUCGUUGUUGGAAAUUUGGCCGAAAUUGAUCCGAUGUAUCAGUUUUCUUUGAAAUAUUUCACUCAAAUAUUCAACAACGUAAUAGAGACGAGCGAAAAAAGCUACGAGCUCGAAAUCCGUCUAAAAAUUCUGUACGAUGAGAUAACUCUGGCCAUUUACACCAACGUUUCUCGAGGAUUGUUCGAGAGGCACAAACUCGUAUUUGGUUUCAUGCUCAACGUCGCUAUAUAUCUCAACGACGAAAUUAUUUCGUAUCCCGAGUGGAAUUUUAUUUUACGCGGUGCCACAGUUGCUCAACUCGAAGCGGACAAAAAACCGGAUUAUCCAACUUUGUCCGAAUCCAUGUGGAAGAACGUCAAUUAUCUAGCUACGAAAUUCUCCCGAUUCCAAAUUAUAAAGAGGGAUGCGCUGAAAAAAAUAAUCAUUGCGAUUGAAGAUUAUCAAGAGGAAAUCAACGUCGUUCCGAGCAACAACGAGAGAGCGUCCUACGACUGGGACGCUAAUUUAACGGACACGGAAAAACUCAUGCUAAUUAAAUGUCUGAAAGAAGAGAAACUUAUAUUCGGCGUGACGGCGUAUGUGAAAAAAAAUAUGGGAGAAAAAUUCGUCGAAUCCGCGAUGAUAUCUCUUGGGGAAAUAUUCCGUGACACGUCGAAAACUACUCCACUCGUAUUCGUAUUGAGCACCGGUUCCGAUCCUUUCGGGGCUUUUCAAAGAUUCGCCGGUGAAACUGGCUUUUCGGAUAAAUACGAAUCGAUAUCGCUCGGUCAGGGUCAAGGACCGAUAGCCGAGAGUCUCGUUAAGAGAGGAACGAUGGAGGGACUUUGGAUAUUUUUACAAAAUUGUCAUCUAGCAACAUCGUGGAUGCUGGCGAUGGAAAGACUGGUCGUUUCCAUCAUUGAAAAUCCUCAUACGGUUCAUCAAGAUUUUCGAUUAUUUUUCAGCUCGAUGCCCAGCUCGACUUUUCCGGUCUCGGUCCUCCAAAAUUCUGUCAAAGUCACCAAUGAACCGCCCAAAGGAUUAAAAGCGAACGUUAAACGGGCUUUUUAUCAAAUGGACCAAGAUUUAUUCGAAAACAAUGUAUUGAAAGAGAAUUGGCGAAAAAUGAUAUACGGUAUAUGUUUUUUUCACGCUGUCAUACAAGAGCGUAAGAAAUUCGGUCCGCUGGGCUGGAACAUUCUCUACGAAUUCAACGACAAUGACCGCGAUUGUUGCUUACUGAAUUUACGAAUGUUUUGCCAAUCCGGAAAAAUACCGUGGGACGCUUUGAUUUAUACGACCGGUGAAAUAACUUAUGGAGGAAGAAUAACCGACGCUUGGGAUUUGAGAUGCUUGAAAACGAUCCUUGCCAAUUUUUUCUCUCCCAACAGCCUCCAUUCGAAUUAUGCUUAUUCGCCCUCCGGUACGUAUUAUUCCCCAAAUUUGGAAAGCCUCGAAGAGUACAGAAACUUGAUAGAGAAUUUUCCCACAAUCGAGGAUCCCGAAAUAUUUGGAAUGCACGAAAAUGCGAAUAUAGCCUAUCAGUUGAAAGAAACGAAAACUAUAAUAGACACGAUAUUGGAAGUACAACCGAACGUUGAAGUCGGAACCGAGGGUAAAUCAAGCUCCGAUAUUGUUUUCGGAAUCGCCGAUACGAUCGUCGAGAGGAUCGAUGUUCUCAUCGAUCCGGAUACUUGCCAUCCGAAUCAUCUUAAAAAAGAUUCAGAGGGAAGAUUAGCCUCGUUGACAACGGUGUUGCUCCACGAGGUCGACAGGUACAACAAACUUUUGUCAAAAAUUCAUGUCUCGAUGGAGAAUCUUCAACGAGCGAUCAAGGGAUUUGUCGUCAUGUCGGACGAAUUGGAAAAACUUUUCAAAGCUCUCGUUAAUAAUCAGGUACCCCAAUUGUGGCACAGCGUAAAUGUCUAUCCGUCGUUGAAGAGCUUGGCCAGUUGGAUCAGAGAUUUGCAACUCCGCAUUGAUUUUAUAAGGAUCUGGUUGAUUGACGCACAGCCGAUAUCUUUCUGGUUGUCGGGCCUCUCUUUUCCUCAAGGUUUUAUAACUGGAAUGCUACAGACCCACGCUAGAAAAUAUAACUUGCCGAUCGACCAGCUAAAAUUAGAUUUUGCCGUAACGAAACAAGUUUUGGAUCAGGAAGAAAUCGAAGCUGCCCACAAUGCGAUUGACAAACAAGUUUCUUCAGUUUACAAAAAUCUUGCACCUCCCACCGAUGGAGUUCUCGCUCAUGGUUUGUUCUUGGAUGCCGCUCGAUGGGACUCUAAAUUUAUGAUCCUCGUCGAUGCCAGAAAGGGUGAAAUGAAUCCUCCGUUGCCGGUGAUUCACAUUAAUCCGGUGAAAUCAUUACCGGAGAAGGAUCCAAGAUACGUGUGUCCGUUGUACAAAACGAGUAUUCGCGCCGGAGUUCUUUCAACAACGGGGCAUAGUACGAAUUUCGUCGUUCCGGUAUUGUUGCCGUCCGCUCGUGAACAAGCUUACUGGAUUCUCAAAGGAACUGCCCUCCUCGUCCAAGUGACCAAUUGAACAGAACAAAGAUGCUGAACAAACCCCGUGUGAUCAAAUAAAACUAUCAUUAGCGAACCA